AUUAUAUGGAAAUCUGUUUAUGGAAUCCAUGGACCCCGUCACACCUUAUUCAAUGCCUUACCAAACCCAGAGUCCUCAUAUCCUCCCACUCCAUGUCUCUGCUUCCAUUUAUCUGCCUGCAGCCAACACCAUGCCUCUGUUAUCUUCUUCUUCUUCUUCUGUUGAGGAUAUGGAAUGUGUUGAAGCCGUUUUGAAGACCAGCUUAAGGAAGAAAAUGGCCCCAAAAUCUAACCCUCAACCCGUUUCGGCUCGUUUCUCAGCAAUCAAUACCCAAUAUGUUGAAGAAGACUUUGUGAAUGGCUUCUUUGACUUCUCGAACGACGACGGUUUUGAUGAAGAAGCAGAGUCCAAAGAUAUAAACGCCAACAACUCUGUGGCACCGAAGCAAGAUGAACAAAUGGGUGAGAACGAAUUGGAACCAAUUAUCAAUUUUGAAGAUUUGGGUCCCGUACCAGGCGAACUCGUCCUCCCGGCUCAUGAUGUUGAAAACCUUGAAUGGUUGUCGCAUUUCGUGGAGGAUUCUUUCAACGAGAACUCUUCAACGUUCACCGCCGUGACUUCACCGGUGAAAGAGAAAGGAAAAGUUGCUGAAUCAAAACCACCGGCUUUGAAUGCUCAUUUCAUUGCUCCGGUUCUAGCCAAGGCAAGAAGAAGCAAACGCUCAAGGGCUGGCGUACGAGUUUGGUCAGUUGGGUCACCUGCUUCAUCGGACAGUUUUUCAAGUUCGUCUUCUGGCUCUUCGACCCCUUCAAGCCCUUGGCUUUUUCGCUCCAACGCAGGUUCAUCAAAUCAGGAACCCAAAAGGCAGAGGAAAAAAUCUGAAACGGGUUCCAAUGGAGCUGGGUCCGGGCCCGGGCCCUUUUUCGUAAGAAGGUGCUGCCAUUGCGGUGUCCUAAAGACUCCACAGUGGAGGACGGGGCCGCUGGGAGCCAAGAGUCUUUGCAACGCAUGCGGGGUCCGGUACAAGUCGGGGCGUCUCUUACCCGAAUACCGACCGGCUAGUAGCCCGACCUUUUCCAGUGACAAGCACUCGAACCACCACCGGAAAGUGCUGGAGAUGCGACGGAAAAAGGGAUUAGCGGAUCAGCUAGAACCCGGCUAUGACAGCAUUCCGGUCCGUAUGUAUUGAAAAAAUAGUACACCCGGUUUAGCUAAUGUAGUCCUAGUUGAGGUCUCUUUGGAAUUAUUGUACAUUUAGGUUCCUGGCUGGGCUGUUACUUAUUGGGAAGACUUUGGGUAUGUACUAAUUAGUCUAUUUAAUCGAGUUCAUGUUUAAGCGUUUCUCGUUGUUUCAGAUUUUAUACUAAAUGCCCUCUUUGGACU